GUCCGCUGACUUCCGGCGAGAGGAACGGGAGUUGGAGCUGCGCGUGUAGAGCUAGGCCGCGGCAGCUGUGGCGUGUUCUUUUGUUUGCACUGACCCAGGAUAGUUCUCAGUUCAUAGUGUAAACCCUAUAUAAAGGUUAUGCUUCACAACAGGAAGAGGACCUAUAAUUUCAUUCCACAUGAAAAAAUUAUGGGAUUUAUUCUCCUACAAAGAAAGUGAAACAGCAUUGGAUCAAAGAGGAAAACAAUAGAAAGUAGUCAGCAGGGUUAUUUUUAAAUUCUCCAGGAUGCAGUUAGGAAGAGCCAAAGGAAAUAUUUCCCGAAGCACAAGCCAAGGAAAAACCUUUGAGAAUCAGUGUAAGACAGCACGGCAGCGGAAGAGAUGGGGAAUGGCUUCCCGAUAUGACACAGGUUUCAGUAGAUUUAGAAAUGGCCUGGAGGAGAAACCCUAUAAAUGUACUCAAUGUGAGAAAAGUUUCAGUCAGAGUUCAACUCUUUUUCAGCACUUGAAAAUCCACACUGGAGAGAAAUCCUAUAAAUGUGCUGAUUGUGGAAAAAGCUUCUUUCAGAGCUCUAACCUCAUUCAGCACCGACGAGUCCAUACUGGAGAAAAGCCCUAUAAAUGUACUGAGUGUGGGGAAGGAUUUAAACAGAGCUCAAAUCUCAUUCAACAUCAGAGAAUUCACACUGGAGAAAAGCCCUAUCAGUGUGAUGAAUGUGGCAGGUGUUUCAGUCAGAGUUCUCAUCUUAUCCAGCAUCAGAGAACCCACACAGGAGAGAAGCCCUAUCAGUGUAUUGAAUGUGGCAGGUGCUUUAGCCAGAGCUCUCACCUUAGUCAACAUAUGAAACUGCACAGAGAAGAGAGACCUCUUAAAAUCCGUGGCAAAAAUACCAGGACGAAAAAUCGUUUGGUAUCCAGUUGGAGAAUCCGUACGGGAAGGAAGUCAGUAUCUUUGCUGUGCUAAACCAGAGACACCACUCAGGCCUGCUUUAAUAAAAAUGAAAAAACUACAACUCUUGUCUCACUAUCACCCUUCUUGCCACCCCUUUCCUUUACUGUAUCUCUCUUCCCCCCCCAACCCCACCCAACAGAAAAUGAUUUAAAUUUCAUUGGGAUUUAUUGUGAGAGUGUUCAUAUUUAGGGUGAAAGACUGAUUCCUGCUAUCAUCGUCCUUUGGUUUGAUGGUUUUUCACCUACAAAUUUUCCUGUGGUGCUUUUAAGGUUUGAUGCAAUGAGAAGGUAUGUGAACGUGCCAGUGGUCGGUCAUUGAGUUUUAGGAUUGGUCAGACAUUGUAUAAAGUAGAAGGAAAGGGAAGUUAAUUCCAUUCAAAGAAAUGAUGGGUUAUUAUUUUGGGGUUUUGGAACAGAUGGGUUUUGUCCUUGUUGUGUUUGACAUUUUUCAAGUGUUUAAUUUGUAGAAGAUUCAUUAUGAAAAUUGAAGAAUGAUACAAAGAUAGAUUCAAGCUCAUUUUUAAUCAGUGGAGAGCAAUUUAAUCCAUGUUGGAUUAAAGGUUUUCUGUUCCUAUUAUUCUGCCUCAUCAUUUGUUAGUAUAAGAAUAUAAUAGAAUCUCUCUAAUUCUCAUAGCUCCGUGAACUCUCCUAUUUUCAGCAAAAGAUAUAAUAGCUGAAAUGAGAUUUAGUGUUCAUAGGACUUAGGCAUUUAAAUUACUAUACUAACAGUAAUCAUGCUUUCCCUUUUAUUCAGAGAUAAUGCUAUUAAUCUAUAAAUUAGUAAGUCAGUCACUUGAAUUUUUUCAGGAGUGGUGUUGCAUUUAUUGUAUUCAUUUAUACUCCCUUCUCUGGAUUACCUGUGUUGUGGCCAUGGGAAUGAAUUUUCAAGACCAGGGUUAUGAGUGUAGUCUAUAUCCAUUGAACAGAAUGAAGAUCUGCUGGCACAUAUGGCUUUGGCAUCAGUAACAUUGUGCUUUCAGCUAAUCUUUUAGAUUCAUAAGCUCCUUGUAGUGAAAAGAAAGUUAUAGCAUAACAAAAUAUCUGACACUCUUAUCUGAUCUAUUGACUAUUUGCUUGUAUGCUUGCUAAUUAAAAACACAUGAUUUGCAACAAGUCUCCCUGACUUCAACUUUGAGAACUUUAGAAACCUUGAUCUUAUGAAGCAAAUGUUCUCAAUAAUUACAAAAGCCAUUAACUUUUAGUUUGGGUGUAAUUUAGCUCCUCCUUUGAGAUAAGCCCCCCCCUUCUGCUUUCUAGAUCACAGUUAACAUUUUAGAAGUCCAGGAAAACUGUUUCUGAACUUCUGAGGGAACAGUGUCAUGUUUCAAACAUCCUGGCCAAACUUAAGCUCAGGGUUUUGGUUCCUAUUGGAUGCCGAGAUUCUCAUAAUUUUCUCUAUGUUUUGUAAUCAUUUCCGAUCCUACUGUGCUAAUAAUGACAGUUCUCCAUAUGAAAUAAAACAAUAUUUUGUACAAUGCCAA